AUGAUGAAUCCUUUUAGAAUUUUAGGUGAUCUUUCACAUUUGGGAAGCAUUUUGAUUUUGAUCUAUACCAUUAGGUCAACAAAUACAAUUGAGGGUAUUUCCUUUAAAACACAAGUUUUAUAUUCCUUGGUUUUCUUAACUAGAUACUUGGACUUAGCCAUGUUCAAAUUUAUUUCCUUCUAUAAUACCAUUAUGAAGGUUUUCUUCAUUGCUUCAUCCAUUUAUAUUGUUAUUCUAUUACAAAAAUCCAAAAAAACUAAUCCAAUCUCAUACAAGGAAAUGCUAUUAACAGACAGUUUUAAGAUUCAAUAUCUAUUAUUGGGAAGUUGUGGUAUGGCAUUUUUUUUCCAUCAUUCUUUUACACCAAUUGCCUUGUUAUGGAGUUUUUCAAUUUGGUUAGAAAGUGUAGCAAUUUUGCCUCAGCUAUUUAUGCUAACCAAAAGCGGCAAGGCUAAAUCAAUUACCACUCACUAUAUUUUUGCUCUUGGGUUAUAUAGGGCAUUGUAUAUCCCUAAUUGGAUUUGGAGAUAUAUGUCUGAAAGUAGAUUUGAUAAGUUAGCUAUUAGUGCUGGUAUUAUUCAAACCUUAAUUUACUCAGAUUUCUUUUACAUUUAUUAUAAGAAGGUUAUUAAAGGUAAAGGCUUAGCUUUACCAACAUAUACAAAAUCAUAA